UGCAGAAGGUUGGGAAUUAUAGAAGUUGAUUACUUUGGACUGCAGUUCACUGGCAGCAAAGGGGAGAAUCUGUGGCUGAAUUUGAGGAACAGGAUCUCACAGCAGAUGGAUGGUUUAGCCCCUUAUCGAUUGAAAUUAAGAGUCAAGUUUUUUGUAGAGCCACAUCUUAUCUUACAAGAACAGACAAGGCAUAUGUUUUUCUUGCAUAUAAAAGAAGAUCUUCUCGCUGGUAAUCUUCAGUGUUCUUCAGAGCAUGCAAUUGAACUUAGUGCAUUGUUAGCACAGAUGAAGUUUGGAGAUUAUAACCAGAACACUGCCAAGUACAAUUAUGAAGAGCUGUGUGCAAAAGAGCUCACCACUACCAUUUUGGAAAGCAUUAUUGCAAAGCACAAGGAGCUAGAAGGUCUGAGUCAAGCUUCUGCUGAAUACCAGGUUCUACAGAUUGUUACAACACUGGAGAACUAUGGGGUAGAGUGGCACUCGGUGCGAGAUAGCGAAGGGCAAAAGCUCCUUAUUGGUGUUGGACCUGAAGGCAUAUGCAUCUGUAAAGAUGACUUUAGUCCUAUCAACAGGAUUGCUUAUCCUGUUGUUCAAAUGGCAACUCAGUCUGGGAAGAAUGUAUAUCUGACUGUUACCAAGGAGUCUGGCAAUAGUGUAGUUCUCCUUUUCAAGAUGAUCAGUACAAGGGCAGCAAGUGGACUUUAUAGAGCAAUUACAGAGACUCAUGCAUUUUACAGGUGUGACACUGUCACCAGUGCUGUCAUGAUGCAGUAUAGUCGAGACUUAAAGGGCCACCUAGCUUCUCUAUUCCUGAACGAAAACAUUAAUCUUGGUAAAAAAUACGUCUUUGACAUUAAAAGAACAUCAAAAGAAGUUUAUGAUUAUGCAAGGCGAGCUCUUUAUAAUGCUGGUAUUGUGGAUCUUGUUUCAAGAAGUGACCAAACCCCACCAAGUUCUCCCCUUAAGUCCUCGGAAAGCAGCAUGAACUGUGACAAUUGCGAGGGUCUUAGCUGCCAACAAACAAAAGCUUUGCAAGAGAAGUUGCGGAAGCUGAAGGAGUCUAUGCUUUGUAUGGUGUGUUGUGAAGAAGAAAUAAAUUCAACCUUCUGUCCCUGUGGCCACACAGUAUGCUGCAAGAGCUGUGCUGCCCAGUUACAGUCGUGUCCUGUCUGCAGAUCUCGUGUAGAGCAUGUCCAGCAUGUGUACUUGCCAACCCACACCAGUCUUCUCAAUCUGACUGUGAUAUGAUCUACAUACUCACUUUAAACUCAUCAUGUACUUUUAAAACUGCACUAAUAUGAAAUGCAACCAUUGAUUGUGAAGAAGGCAAUCACACUGGCACCUAUCCACGAUCAAAAGCAAAAAUACUGCAUUUUUUGAACAUAAAUAUUCUUUUUCAGUGUGUCCAAAAUUGUUUGGGACAUCUUUUGAGAGCAGAAGUGUAAUCAAUUCAUGUUACUUAAAAGGAGAAUGAUGUGCAAGUUUGUAGCAUGGCAGCAUUGCUAAAAAGCUAGGUAACCCUGGAGAAACGCAGUGUACACAUACUGAUACCCAGCGAAAGCAAUGCAGCCUUCUGUUUUAAACUCUAAAUCCUUUUUAGUACAGUCAUUCCAUUUUAUUUUAAUAGUAAGAGUAGCUUUUACAAAUAUCAGUUUAGUAUGGCUCAUAGUUUCUGCUUUUAGUAAACUGCUUUAAAGGGGAGAGAGCUUCUUUUAAAAAAAAAUCAGUUCUUAAAGUUACAAGGCUUUGUCAAGCAGCUGUGUUUAAUUAAAUAGAAAGCAAUUCUGAGACAAGCUUUGGAAGGGCAGGACAAGUUUGUUAAUCUUGAACAGUUGAGGGUGGGUCAGGACAACCUGGUUGGCAGUGUCCUGUGGAAGCAGUUAUGGGACUUCAUUCACAGCUCUCGGUGGGCAAGGUGCUCCCAGGUUUCCCACAUCCAACUUGGCUGGUGGUUGCAGGAGCUGUCAGCUGCCCUUUAAGUUGUUUUAUGUUUGGAGACUGAUUUUGAACUAUUAAACUUGUACCUUUCAUUUCUAAAAUAAGGGUUGUAUAAUUUUCAAUGCUUUCUUCAGUUAGCAUCUUAAUUGAGUAGGUCAUUUUCUGCUAAAAUUUUUGAUCUUCCCCCCCCUACUUGGGCAUUUUGGGCUCUGGUUUCCUAGUGUAUUCUCCAGGGUAUGGAGGGAACUAGAGACUCAUGUUUGGGUGCAAUACUGGCUUAAUCAAAGCUAGGAAAGUACACUGUCACUUUACUGAAAUUCUCUGACUAUACUUUUCAUAUUGCCUUAAUGUAGCAGUAAUGUGUGUUUAUGCAUCUGUUUCUUUGCACAGACAUUUUGUCAAAUAUUAAAACUCUACUUUUUUAUGACACAUUAGCGUAUAAACCUUACUCUAAGAGGGUAUUUAUUUUUUCACUUUGUAAAGAAAAUUUUGUUUCCUCAUGAAGCAAGAGCUUUGUCCUAUAUCGUAGGCAACUUCUGUUUUUUUAUAUUCAGAUUAAUAAAGGACUUUAAAAA